UUGCAGAAAAUUAUCAUGGCGUGAAGUUGUUUUGUGUUAAAGUUGCGCAAUUUGAUUUAUUAAACAGCCUAAAUGUGCUGCAUAUUUUUACAUUUUGAGAGAAGGAAAUGCGCCCAGCGUUAAACAUUUGUUAAAUCCCCCCUAAAAUGUGGAUUUUAAAUCUUAUGAAUGUCUCAUAUCAUGGGUGAUCUGGACAGAAGUUUGACAUCUAUGGACUGGCUUCCUAGGUUAAAUGUUCGAGGUUCUGUGAAUGGAGCAGAUACAUCUGAUGGAAAUAAUGGGCCAUGCGAAAAUAGCCGAAGUUGCCGCCAGAAAGAUGGAAAACCACCUUAUAGCUAUGCAACAUUAAUAUCUUAUGCCAUAAAUAGUAGUUCAUCGAAGAAAAUGACUCUAAACGAAAUUUAUAAUUGGAUAUGUUCUAAUUUUCCAUACUAUCGAGAAGCAGGAGAUGGAUGGAAAAAUUCUAUACGUCAUAACUUAUCCUUGAACAAGUACUUCCGGAAAGUUCCUCGGCCGAAAGAUGAUCCUGGAAAAGGAUCAUAUUGGGCAAUUGACCAUGCACCAUCAGAUGUAGAUGAUUGUCGUAGAAGAAAGUGUCGCCAACGAGAUAAGGUUUUUCCUUAUAGUCCUGACAACAGCUCAAGUAAUAGCUUAUCAAGUCCAGUCCAUUGUCAUCAAAUGGCAGCAGUGUGUUCUCCGCCUAGUCAUCAAAUGACAGCUCACUUGAAUGCAGAUAGAACAAAUGUUUCGAAUUCGCAUCCUGCAUUUCAUGAAAUGGGUCAUACUUCAGGUCACAUGAUGUCCACAGACAGACUUAGCAGUUGCUGCAAUCACAAUCAUCAACAAUUCAAUGGAAAUACGCAACAUGCACAAGUUGUUGAUAGAUUAUCAACUUCAGAUUUUGUCCAAAAUGUGAAUUGUCUGCAUGAAAGAUCAAAGAUGUCUGGAAAUGGUCAUAUGCAAAAUAAUGAUGUGCCCCAUUACCAUGGAAAUGGAUUUCAAAAUGUAGAAAAUGAUAAAAUUGCUGCAGAAUUUGUUCAAAGCUUGGAUUGGUUGAGAGAAAGUGCUAAAAUGUCAGGAAAUGGUUUACAGGAUAUAGAUAUGUCCCACUUUCAAGCUAUGAUGGAAAGUAUUAAAGCUAGGGAUCCUACAAUGUCUCUUUUAUCUCAGGAUCAGCUUGCUGAUUUAAACUCGUCUCUAACUGCAUUAUUUUCACAAUCUGGUGUUAUGCAAUCUGCCCCUGCUCCUAUUACUACUAGUACAAUGCAACAGUGCUAUAGCAGCUCACAUAUAAAUACAACAUAUUCAAGAGAUUCAUGUAUGCUUUCUACAGUUCCAGCUUCUAAUAGCUCUCCACAUGCAUUUUCUGCAGAGAGCAGUAACUUAUCUUACCAUUCUCAAGCAGAGUCAAGUCCACUGCCAAUGCCUUCACAUGUUUCUCUUAAUUCUUCAGUUAAUACUCCUGGGUCUUGUACUGGAGAUGACAAUGAUGAUAUCGAAGAUGAUUUUAACUGGGACAAAAUUCUGUAAACUUUUCUAUUACAGUUUUCCUUGUGUAUUAAGGACCUUUACAAUUAUAUAUUUACAUCUGCUGUAAAAGCAUCAAUGUUGCAUUUUAAUAUUUUAUGGAGUUGUUUGUUAUUACUCUAAAGACUUCAUUUCUAAAAUUAAUAUUUUAUCCAAAGUUAAAAGUCUUAGAUAGAUCUUUUGCUAUAAAUUAUUAAGUUUUUUCAAAUUCAGUAGAAUAAUUUAAAAAAGACAUAGCGUGUUUUUGAAAUUAGAAAUUACAAGAAAUUUUACAAAGAAAAAUAUUUAUAUAUGUAUAUAAUUAUAUAUCCUUUCAUGAAAAAUAGUUAUAAUUUAUGUCAUACAAAAUCAAUCUUUUAUUUUAAAAUAAGUUCCAUUCUAAAUAAUUAUAUACUAGUGCAAAUGUGGUAUUUUGUUCAACAAAUUAGGAGUAUUAUGGGAGUGCCUGUAUAAUGUGAAUCUAAUAGCUUAGCAUUUUUUAAUUGUUCAGCCUUUCAUGUAACUAUCUAUGCAACUGAGAUAUAUGUUGAGUUAUGGUUAAGUUUUUCUUGUUAUAAAGGGAUAAACAAUGUCUGGUUAUUUUUGUUGUAUUUACUAUAUUGAUCUCAUUUGUAAGUUUAGGAAUUUACAGAAUUCUGUGUUCUAAAAACCAAUUUGGUAAUAUUUAGAGUUUUUUUUUCUUUUUUUCAUGUAUGUAAUUAUUAUUUUAACUUAAUGUGAAUAAACUUUCUUUUUCUUCUGUCAUACUAUAAAAAAAUAAUAAAUUUUAAAAGCUCUCUAUGAAUUUUCACUGCCACAUUUUGGAAGCCAAAUGAGGAAAUGGUGCUUCUUUUUUUAUGUAAAUAUAAGAUACUUGAAGUAUUAUAUAGAAUGGAACUAUAUAUUUGCAAGAAUAUAUGGUAACUUAAUUUUUUUUAUGUGCCAGAUGUACUUAAGUAUUUUUAUUAUUUGCAACUGUGAUUUUUUUUCCACUUAUUUAUACUUUAUACUAUGUUAAUUUUGUUAUUUCUGAAAUGCUUGUAUUGUUAAUCAAUGAGUUUUUGAUCCAUUUUUAUAUUUUAAUUUUUUUUAGGUUAUAAUAUGUUAUUUUUACUUUUGGAAACAAAAUUUUUUCACUUUAAGUAAAUGAUGCAAUAUUUUUGCAUUUCCUCAAAUAUGUGUAUCAAAAAAAUUUUCUAAAUAUUUUUUCUGUCCUCUUUCAUAUGAAAUGAAUAUUUUGGCACUUUUAUAUUGUUGUUUUUAAUUUAAUGGAUGUUUUUAUAAAUCUUGCUUUUUCUUUCUUUUAAUUUAGCUGUUGAAUGUUUACGUGUAAAAUAACAUUCCAGCAUUAUUGUAUGCUAAUUACAUUUCCUUAUAUGGAUAUUUCCGUUUUAACAAGUUAAUGACACUCCCUUAACUAAAUGUUAAUAAAUAUCCUAUUAUGAGUCUAUAUGCCAUUGUGUUUCCUUAUAUAAUUAACUCCCAGUGUAAUUUAGUGUUUUAUAAAAAUUAAUGGGGAAAAAACAAUUGGGAUGUUUUCAAGAUUUUAAAAUAGGAUGGCUAUAUUUUAAACAUCUGAAUUGAUGUUGCAUCAGUAUUAUAUGAAGUUUGUUAAAUUAUAUAUAUAAUAUAUAUUGUAAUUAAUAUAUUGUAAGUAUCAUAUUUAAUCAGUAACCAUUUAUUAUACUGUGAACUAAUUGUAUUUGAUGGUUUGAAGGUUAUUGAAACAAAGGUUAUGGUUUAUGUUGAAUCAGAUUUUUAUGCAAGUUGUUUUACUACCAAAUCUACAUUUGAAGUCAAAUAGUUUUUUUUAAUGAAAUUUUUGAGAAAAAAUAUUUAGCAUUUAAUUUUUUUUAUAACUAGGAUAAAAGAGAAAAAAUGAUAUUAUGUGUGUCUCAUGCUGACCGAGUUCAAUCAGAUUUGGUAUAAUUCUGCUAAACAAAUCAAUCCUUUGAACUUUCAUAUUUUGUUCUUAUUUCUAAUAUGUAGUUAGUUGUUGAAAUAGUAAAAAAUAAAAUUGCCAAGGUAGUAAAAAAUUUUUUUUAAUGUUUAUGUACUGCAUAUAUACAAUGUUUCUUAGCAAGCUAAGUUUGAUUGUAUAAUUAUAUCAGUUACUUGUACUGCAUAUAUAUAGUAUAAUUAUAUUAGUUUACAAUUGAAACAUAACAUGUUUCACAUAUAAAUCCUGUGUUUAUAUAUAUAUAUAUAUAUAUAAUAGUGUAUGUUUAUUGUUGGGUUUCUAUGUUAUCUGUGCCAUAUAUAUGCGUGUUAUACAAAGUAAUUUGCUUCUGUGAGUAAAGUUUAAGAAUGGCCAUCAAAUUUAUAAUUAAAAGAAAUAUGUAAAAUAUUGACAAACAACUUGAAACUUUUUAUUUUUGAAAACUUAGUGGAAUUAUUUUAUUAAGUAUAGUUUCUUUCUUUAAUUCUUCUUGCACAUAUAUGCAUUCAAAAUUUUAUUUAAUUUACUGUAUUAAUUUCUGCUAUAAGUUAAUUUUGUGUUCAUUAAUGUAAAUAGUUUUUACUGAAGAAAAUCUAAAUCUUAAGAUUUAAUUUCCAAAUUUCCUUUCAAUAUUAGAUCCUUUCAUUGUCAAAAUAUUUUUUUUUUAGAUAAAUUGAAACAUAAAUGAAAGUUUUAUUCUUUAUUAAAUUCAGACAUCCUUAAUUACUUUUUUUUUUUAAGUAUCUUCAUGUAAUUUUAAGAAUUGCUUGACAUAUAUAGGGAAUCGCCUAGAAUUUCUAAUUCUUUAAAAAAAACCAAAACAUUCUAUAAAAAGAGAUAAAAAUUAAAUUUCUUGAAACUAUAAGUUUAUAUUAAGUGUGAAAGAUGAAGGGAUUGAUACUUAAAUGCAAUUUAUUUUCGUGGAGUCCUUAAAUGAAUAUUUAAGUCACCGUAAUGGGAUUUCCUCCACCUUCUCUUGUUUUUUGCUACUGCUCUAAAUAAAUCAAUAUUAUGAUUCAAGGGGAAAAAAUGUCCUUUGAUUUCAAGUAUUAAAGUGCUUACAAAAUAAAUAUAAUAAGUGCUAACUGAUUGCAAAUAAAAGAAAGAAAAUAAUUUCAAUUAUUCUUACAUUUUCAAGAACUUUCUAUGCAAUUUUAUUUGAAAAUCUUAUUGACAAUGUAAGAAAACCUGCAAUACAUCAUUCAUUGGUAUUUAAACCAAUGUUACUCCUUAUACUUCUUAGAAAUAUAAUUCUUCCUUAAGUUAUCCUUAUUAAAAAUAAAAAAUUAUUUCUAUUAUUAAGAAAAGAACAAGUAAUGUUUUUACAUAUGUAUCCUUGUUUACCUUU